AAGUUAAUGGCAGCCCAGGCAAACAGAAGGAAGUGUGGCAUGCUCCUCUUUGUGUUCUGCAGCAAGCCUCCCACUUGAUUUUAAUGGGUAGCCAUUCGUUUCACUCGAAUUCAGGCUGAUGAGGAAUAAGGGAUAACAUUUAUUCUUUUCAGCUCUUUGUAGGGAUGGUCUAUUGUCAACUACCUGCAGGCUUUGGGUGUUCCCUCCCUCCCAUGCCUGGAAUGCCCUCCCUCUUCAUUUUGGCCUCUUGGAAUCCCUGGCUUCCUUCAAGAUCCAUGAAAACAUCGCCUUUAUGGGACAUCUUUCCUUCUUCCAUCAAGUGUUAGUCCUCCUCUCCUUGGUUACCUUCCAUCUACUUUGCAUUAUAUAUAGUCAUCUUUCCUUUGGCCUUAUUCUGAGAAAUUGGCCCCAAAGCCUCUGAGAGAAAGCUGAGGGGCAGAAACGCAGGAAGCAUCUCUAUGGAGUGCUACAGAGGGAGGAGACAGCUUUAGCGUUCUUGGUGGAAGCCCCAGCAUCUGGCUAUGACAGACACAGUGUUUAGCAACAGUUCUGAUCGCUGGAUGUGCCCUAAUGACAGAUCCAUGGCUCUCCACACAAGGCUCCCAACAGGUUGGUCUGUCCACCGUGACCAGCCUGCAGGAUCAAGAAAGAAUGAAGAGCUGACUGAUGAGGAAAAGGAGAUUAUCAACAGAGUGAUCGCCCGAGCUGAGAAAAUGGAGGAGAUGGAGCAGGAGCGCAUUGGGCGUCUGGUGGAUCGCUUGGAGAACAUGCGAAAGAAUGUGGCUGGAGAUGGAGUAAACCGCUGUAUCCUGUGUGGAGAACAACUGGGAAUUCUAGGCUCCUCUUGUGUGGUGUGUGAGGACUGCAAGAAGAAUGUCUGCACCAAGUGUGGAGUGGAGACCUCCAACAGUCGCCCGCAUUCCAUCUGGCUUUGCAAGAUUUGCAGUGAGCAAAGAGAGGUAUGGAAGCGUUCUGGAGCAUGGUUCUUCAAGGGUUUCCCCAAACAAGUGCUCCCUCAGCCCAUGCCAGUGAAGAAAUCCAAGCCUCAGCAGCCACCCAGUGAGCCCAGCUCAUCAGAGCCACCCACCCUGGAGCCCAAGCACCAUCCCCGAGCACCGAGCAGAGGCCCAGGAGAGGCUGGCCUCCCUGGUGAACCUGGUCCUGAGCCUGCAGCUGCUUCUGGCAGGGGCAGUCACGGCCCCCCAGCACGCAGGGCCUCCGAGGCCCGCAUGAGCUCCGGUGGAACUGACUACGCGGGCCGGGACUCCGAAGGCCGGGACUACGGCCCAGGUGGGGCUGCCGGUGCGGAUGCCAGUAGGAGUCCGGCAGGUUUGAGACGGGCCAACUCAGUUCAGGCUUCCAGACCCUCUCAAGCGCCCAGCCAAAGUGCCGCAGCUCAGCCUGGUCCCCCAGGGCCCCCAGGGGCCAGCAGACCAGGACCAAAUACAGCUGGCAGAUUUCCAGAUCAAAGACCAGUUCAGGGAGAUCUGGCCCAAGGGGAGCCUGCCUACCCUUCAGCAGCGGCCAUUCCUCGUGAUGACCGAGCAGGGGAUGCAGCGAGUUACCCCUCAGCUGGAGCUAAGGAAGAUCGUGCAGCCCGACGAACGGGAGCCUACUCUCAGGCAGUUGCCGCACCCCAGCCUGCUGCCGCCCCAGCCCGGCAGCAGCAGCCACCCCCAGAAGAGGAUGAAGAAGAGGCAAACAGCUAUGAUUCUGAUGAAGCAACUACCCUGGGAGCAUUGGAGUUUAGCCUUCUUUAUGAUCAGAACAACAGCUCCCUGCAGUGUACCAUUAUCAAGGCCAAGGGAUUAAAGCCGAUGGACUCCAAUGGCCUGGCUGAUCCCUAUGUUAAGCUGCACCUUCUGCCUGGAGCCAGCAAGUCUAACAAGUUACGGACAAAAACUCUGAGGAAUACCCGGAAUCCCAUCUGGAAUGAAACCUUAGUCUAUCAUGGCAUCACUGAUGAGGACAUGCAGAGGAAGACUCUGAGGAUUUCUGUAUGUGAUGAAGACAAGUUUGGCCAUAAUGAAUUCAUUGGAGAAACCAGAUUUUCCCUGAAGAAACUGAAGCCCAAUCAGAAGAAGAAUUUCAACAUCUGCUUGGAGCGGGUUAUCCCUAUGAAGCGAGCUGGGACCACAGGAUCAGCAAGAGGCAUGGCACUCUAUGAAGAGGAGCAGGUGGAACGUGUGGGUGAUAUUGAGGAACGUGGCAAGAUCCUGGUGUCACUCAUGUAUAGCACCCAGCAAGGAGGCCUCAUCGUGGGUAUCGUGCGCUGUGUCCACUUGGCUGCAAUGGAUGCGAAUGGCUACUCUGACCCCUUUGUCAAACUUUGGCUGAAGCCAGACAUGGGGAAGAAGGCCAAGCACAAGACACAGAUCAAAAAGAAGACUUUGAAUCCUGAGUUUAAUGAGGAAUUUUUCUAUGAUAUAAAACAUAGUGAUCUGGCCAAGAAGUCACUGGACAUCUCAGUUUGGGAUUAUGACAUUGGCAAGUCCAAUGAUUACAUUGGUGGUUGCCAGCUCGGCAUCACUGCCAAGGGAGAGCGCUUGAAACACUGGUACGAGUGUCUAAAGAACAAGGACAAGAAGAUUGAACGUUGGCACAACCUACAAAAUGAGAACCAUGUCUCAAGCGAUUAAAGCAGGGCCCCGGGGCCCCACCCUCCCACCCUCCCACCCUACCUCUACUUAGCUUUUCCCUUUGUUCCCCAGUCCUUUCCCUGUCGGUUCCCUGGGAUUCCUCACUCCUGACCCAUUGCCAACUGUUCUGGGUCCAUCAGCCUGGCUUUCCUCUGCCAAGUGCACUAACUCCAAAAAGCUGCCUUGGCCUUCUUUUUCCUUACCUGAACCUACCUUUGAGGUCUUUUCCUUCCCACUUUCAUUCUCUCUCUUCCCCAUCUCUUUCACUCCUCUCUUUUAUUUUGUCUUUUUCCAUUUUUUUUCCUUUUGUUCUUUCUCCUUUCCCUGUGUUUCUCCCUCUUACCUUCUUGUCUUCACUCUUCCUCUGUUCUCCCCCUCUUUUUCUCCCUUUCUCCUUUCUCCCUUAUUUUCUUUCCCUAUCUCUUCCUCUUUCUUUCCACUCUUUUUCUUUCACUCCAUCCCUCUGUCUUCUUUAUCAUUCUCUCUGUCUCUGUAUCUCUGCUCCUGCCUCUGCUCUUUGUCUCUUAUCUUUCAUUUCCCUUCCCCUCUCUUUUUCUCCCUUUUCUUUGUUUCUCUUCUUUCUUCCCUCUUAUUCUGUCCUUCUCCAUCUUUUCCUCUUUUUCUUUUCACUCUUUCUCUUUCCCUCCUUCCCUCUUCUUUAUUAUUCUGUCUCAAUCUUUGGAUCUCUGUCCCUUGGCCUCUGUCUCUUCGUCUCUUAUAUUUCUUCCCCUUUUCUCUCCCUCUUGUCCUUCCUCCACCCUGCCCCCUUAUAAUCUCGAAGCUACCAAAUUGGGCUGGUGUCUCCUCUGUGAGCCCCCCACCUUCUGUCUAUGAAUCAUUGCUUCCUAAAUUUCUAGCCUCCCUGGGUCAGAAUUUAGGAACUUGGGUGUUGGAACAGUGGAGAGAUGGGGGUGGGUGGGAAGGGAUGUACAUGGGGUUAAUGAAGAUUCUCUCAGUUCCAUUAGUACCAAUUUCUCUCCAAGUCAUAUUGGAUAAGUAGAGGACUGUACCUAUAGGAUGUCUUCUUGUGGUAUACACAGUAACACACCCGAUUUCAUGUUAUAGUGUUUAGAAUAUGAAGAGUCUUGUGGCGUGGCCACUUCACAAGCACCAUACAAAAAAAAAAAGGAGGUGGAGGGGGGGUUUUUGGACAGAGAUGAGCAAUAACACGUGUACACACAAUCUAGCAGACUUAGAUGUUCAAAAACUUUAGUGCAAAUUCCCUUGAUUUCCCUGAAACUCUAACACACACACUAAGUGUCCCCCUUUGGGAGACAGGAGGAGGCAGACAUGCUUCUGAGAGAGGCCAGAUCUUGCUAACUUCCCUCAAUCUGCCUCCUCUGUUUCUGCCUCUCUCCAUUUCUCCUCCCUUCCCAACCUCUUCUCUUCUCUGGCUCCAAGAGCGAUAUAAUCCAAGACACCCUCCCUCCUUAAAAGGCAUUCAUUGUGGGUCUCACAUCACCCCAUUCCUCCGUCUCUGCCAGAUCCACACAAAGAGGGUCAGUGAAUUCUCUUCAAGAAAUGCUAGGAAUUACUAGGGUUUGAUUGGAAACCCUAGUGCACAUGCCAAGCAAGCAUCGUUCUCUUCUUGGCUUCAGGGCAGGUCCUGGUGGGUGUCUUCUGAGUCCUCCAAUUUCCCUCUUUUUCACUACUAAGCCUAGAGAAAUGGUUAAAGCUUGAGCAGAAGUCAGCUUUCUCUGACUGUGUCCACUGCUGGAAGUGGGGGGAAAUGGGACUCAGGCUAGUGCCCAGAGGUCUUUAGGGCUGCCAGUCCAGUGGGCACGCUCUCCGCUGUCCUUCCACCAAAUAGCCACUCAGUGAGUGACCUUCCCUCACCACCUCCAAAUCUCUAUAACCUGGAAACAAAUGAAUGGGCCUGCUUAUUCUCAUCUUAUUUUCAAGGGCUGCUGGGGGGAGCACACAAGAGCCUCCAAAUGGAAACGCUUUUUUGCCAAUUAACGUCCAAAUGCCUUCUUUUCUUGUUGUGACUGGCAUUGUAGUUAAUCAACCCUUCUGCCUCUCUCUCCCUCUAGGGUAGUGAUGGCAGAAAUACAGCCCUGGGGUUUGGGAGAGGACAGGAUUUAGUGCCCAGCUUCAGGAAAGGGGAGAUGGGAGGGUAGGCUUCUCCCAGUUUGGGGCACAUCUUCCAAUCCUUUGGUCAUCGUGUUGUGCUCCUCCCGCCUCCUCCCUGCUGGAGACCCUUUCUAGAAAGGCCAACCUAGCUGAAGCUUUUAAAAACUAUCACCUUUACUUCUUGUGAUUGGCACCUCUAAGGAAAACUCAUUUCUUGCCAGAGACAUCUCCAUUUGUGUGUGUGUGUGUGUGUGUGUGUGUGUGUGUGUGUGUGUGUGUGUGUGUGUGUAUGGGGCAGGCUGCAAUUCAGUAAGCUGGCUGGUAGAGCCCUGUCACCACUGUUUUUCUUCUGGGCACGCUCCUCCUGUACAACCUGUGACCUGUGGUUCCCACGACUCCCUGGUUCUCCUCUAGAAGAAAGCAUGCCUUACCUAGGGUCGGCAGCAAUACAUACACUCCCAUCCAAGCUGGCAUUGGCAUUCUAGUUAGCAUGUGGUGAUCUCCCAGCAUACCUGCUGGGUGACAAGCUCUUUCCAGCAGAUGUAAUCCCCUGGCACAGAAUCCUAGCGUCUUCCAUUGCAUGCAGACUCAGCCACAUCCUCUAUUUGUGAUAAUAUAUCAAAAAUAAAGUAGGAUUCUCCAGGAAA